GGUGUCCGCAGGAGAGAAUCAUGGCCAACGACAAUCUCACCGCUGUACUGUACGGCAUCAACGAUCUGCGCCUGGAAAAUACGACUAUCGAGGAACCAGGGGACGACGAAGUGCUCUUGGAAAUGGGAUGCGUAGGAAUCUGUGGAUCGGAUGUUCAUUAUCUUGUUGACGGCAGAAUCGGCGAUUUUGUAGUGAAGAAACCAAUGAUCAUCGGCCAUGAGUCUUCCGGAACCGUUGCCAAGCUUGGGAAAAAUGUCAAGACUUUAAAGGUCGGCGAUCGUGUUGCCAUUGAGCCUGGUGUGCCUUGCAGGAUGUGCACGUACUGCAAACAGGGACAUUACAAUCUGUGCAAGGAUAUCGUGUUUUGCGCGACUCCACCCGUGCACGGCAGCUUAAGGCGUUUCUACAAACAUGCAGCCGAUUUCUGCUUCAAAUUGCCCGAUCACGUGAGUUUAGAGGAAGGAGCGCUUUUAGAGCCAUUGUCAGUGGGAGUACACGCUUGCAAACGGGGCGGAAUCGGGAUCGAUUCUGAAGUAUUAAUUCUAGGUGCUGGCCCGAUCGGUUUGGUGACGUUGCUGGUAGCCAAAGCCAUGGGCGCGAGCAAAGUGGUUAUCACGGAUAUCGUGGAAAGUAGACUGAACGUGGCGAAGAAACUAGGCGCCGACAGCACGUAUCUGGUGCAAAAAAAUAGAUCGGAGGAGGAUAUGGUAGCUGACAUACAUGCGAUCUUCGAGGGUGAGCCUAACAGGACGAUAGACGCCUCCGGUGCACAAGCCUCAAUUCGUUUAGCGAUUCUCGCGACUAAAUCCGGUGGAGUCGUGGUAUUAGUGGGAAUGGGUGCUCCAGAGGUUCAAGUUCCACUAAUAAGCGCCCUGAUAAGAGAAGUCGACAUCAGGGGUGUCUUCCGAUACGCGAAUGACUACAGUGACGCAUUGAGGCUCGUCGCGUCCGGUAAGGUAGACGUGAAGCCGUUGAUCACUCAUAAUUACAAGAUAGAGGAGACCAAGCAGGCGUUUGAGACCAGCAGAACUGGAGCAGGCGGAGCUAUCAAAGUUAUGAUCCACUGUAAAUAGAUGAAUCGCAGUUGGAAUUCUUUCUAUCGAAUACAAUCAUAAACUUCUAUAAGAAAUACUAUACGAAAAGCUUUUAUAUUGCGACACGUUAAAAGAAAGAAAUGUCUGGAUAUAUUUAGAUCGACGUGGAUAUAUUGCAAUUUGGCAGAAUGUUUUAACACCGAGUCUUUCAUCACGUUAUUUCUUGUAACAUUGCGCUAUGCAGAAUUUACAUGCGACAUUUUUUAAGCUACAUCUAUUAUAACAAACUCAAUUAACCGCAUUACCCCGCAUCGGUGCAUACAUAAGAUUACUACACAUGUGAGUUAUUAUUGUUCAAAAAUAUUAUAUAAAUAUAUAUUUUUACUGAUAACAUAUUCCAUGUUAAUAUUAUUAUAUAUUUUAUUAAACAGAUAAAAGAUCAGAUAUUCAAUUGAUAAAAGUAUUUAUACUUUUCAUUUCCAAUUAGAUGAUUUCUUUAUAAUUAAUACAUUAAAACAUAAUUAGUGCAUAACUUUCUCUGUUGAAUUUAUUACAAUACUAUUAAACACGUGGUUUAACUGCAAUCAGACGGUGCUUUAAAUAAAUACAUUAUUAUUAAGAUUUUGCACACAAACAAUAAAAUAUUUGCUGUUUAAAAUUUAAAAAAUUACAGUUUCCUGUGGUACAUCGUGCAUUUUCAUUUUACUAAUUUAAUUUAUAGCACAAAUGUCUGAAACAUUGAAUAUACAACAAAUAAGAAAUAGAUUAUUACGGAUUUCAUUCUACAUAAAUUAAAUUUAACAAAAUAUUGUAUUACAAGUGUUGCAUGUAUUGAAAAUAUAUACAAAAUAUCCAUCCGUGCGAACCACAAA